AUGCAACCAAUUAAUUAGUUGCUUCUCACAAUAGCAAAAAUUUUAGAAGAAAUUUUAACGGAAACAGAUCCAUUGAGUCUGUAAUAGGCUUCUCCAUUCCAUACCUCACGAACCCCAUCUAUUUCAAUAGAGAAUUACAUUCAGAGGAUUGCAAAAUAUGCACAUUGCAAUAGUGUUUGCUUUGUCUUUGCAUUAAUAUAUCUGGAUAAAAUUUAGGAGAUGCACUAAAAUGUAGUGCUUAAUUCAAAUUGUAUACAUAGGUAUGAAUUUUUAAUUAUGCUUUGAUUUAUGAUAGUGUCGAUAAUGGUGGCAAUAAAGUAUUAUGAUGAUGAGUAUUACAAAAAUGAAUAUUAUGCGAAGGUUGGAGGACUGUCAUUAAAGGAGAUAAAUUAACUGGAGAAGGAAUUCUUGAACAUGCUGAAUUACGAAUUAUUUAUUUAAAAGGAAGUAUUUGAAGUUUAUGAAGAGAGAUUAAAACAAUACGAGAGCAUAGAGAUCUGA